UUUUUUUUUAGCCUUCUUGUCAUAUUAAUAUAAAUAACAGAACGCGUUCUUGCAAGAAAAAUUUGUCAAGCCAUGAGUUAUAAUAACAGAGGAGGCUAUCGACCACGCUAUGAAGGUGGUGGUAAUCGUUACAGAAAUAGUGGAGGAGGAGGCGGACCUAACCGCUACAGAGACAAUAGAAGAAAUUACAACAAUGGUGGAGGAUAUGCCCACCAUCAACGUCGUCCUUACGAUCGACCCCCUCCUCCUCCAUCGCGUGAGGAGGAUGACUUAGAGGAUAUUGAAAUCCGUUUGAAAGGUCUAAUUAUCAAAAUUGGCGAUAAGAUCAAAACCGACUUGCAAGUCAAUUUGAAGAAAAUGAGAAACAUUUUAGAUAAAGAUUAUUCUAAAUAUCCAGAAACUGUCACUAAUACCUUAACAGCAUGCGUCACUGAGUUACCUACCAAAGCACCAGUUUAUGGUACUUUGAUCGGUCUACUCAACAUUACCAGCCACGAUAUUGUCAGUAAGCUCAUGAUCGAAUUCAAUAAAACCUUUGAACAAGCUUUACAAUCUUUUCAAUGGUUUAAAGUCAAACAACUUUUACGAUUUUAUGGAGAACUUGUGAACGCCAAUGUUAUUCUACCCACCACUUAUUGUAAUUUACUCAAUGAUUUGUUAAGUGUUUUGGACCAACCCAACCAGCAACCACGUCAACGGUUAGACUGUAUUGUUUAUAUUAUCUUGGCCACUUUACCUUGGGCCGGUAAAGAAUUAAGCGAACGUUGUGCGACAGAGCUGGAUGAGCAAGUAUUGAAGAAGAUUGAGAUUUACAUGCAAAGGAGAGGGUCUAUACCCAAAUUGCAAAUUCUAAAGGCAUAUCACGAUGACAAAUUCAACAGCGAAAAUGAUGAUAUGCUCACGCAUAUUUGGACCUUAAUUCAAGACCUUAAAAAUAACGCCUGGGAGCUCCCACUUAUUCCUAAAUUAUAUCGCUGGUUCGACAAAGAUCUUACAUCAGCUCUUCAGCAUGAUUUACCACGAUUCAUGGUUCCACCACAUACCGAUAAAACUACAUAUAUUCACCCUAUGUUCACCAUGAAAAUUCUUGUCAAUGAUGAAGAUGGACAAUCUUUCGACAUAAUUCCUGAGCAUCAAUCGAUGGACUAUUUUAUCUUGCAAGAAAUCAUCUUUGAUGUCUUACACUUGUACGAAGUCAACCGAAAAGACUGUGCAAAAUAUCUGUUGAGUAUUCCUAAUAGUUUCAAUUCCAAGUUGUUCAAAGCACCAUCCUUAACGGAGAAGCAACAACAAGAAGAAGAUAGUGUAAUCAAAACCGAAGAAAUGGACACGUCAGCUACAGAAGAGGAAGAGGGUAAAUGGAGCAUAUCCGACUUGCUCGUCGAAAAUAUCUUUUCACAUAUGUUCCAACUGCCCACCCCUACUAUUCGCCAAAUCUUCUACUCUUGUGUUUUUAUUGAACUUUGCAGAGCCGAAAGCGCUACAUUUCCCAUGGCUCUUGGCCGAGGCAUCAAAACCCUCUUCAACCGUCUCAAUGUUAUGGAUGCUGAAUGUAUUGCCCGAUUUUGGAACUGGUUCUCUCAUCACUUAAGUAAUUUUGGCUUCCAGUGGGAUUGGAAGUUCUGGGAACCUACAGUCUUACCCUUGGUCCAACAACAACCUAACCAUCCUCAAGUGUGUUUCUUGAGAGAAACACUCGAAAAAGUUAUUCGCUUAUCUUAUUAUGAACGUAUCAAGGCAAUCUUACCAGAAGAAUUGUAUCCCUUGAUUUCCCCUCAAGCGCCCGCUCCUGAAUUUGCGUUUAAGGACCCCAACGAUCCCUUACACGCUACAGCCAAGACUAUCAUUGAAAGUUUAAGAGCGAAGAAGACUGUAGAUGAACUCCAACAACUAUUGGAAGAAUACGCUAAUCGUAUGAAAGAAGAAGUCAUGUCUGAUCGUGAUGAUCAACAGCAGCAGCUACAAUUAGAUCAUUUGAAACGUAUCAUGUUUAUUCAAUGCUUAUUGUGGGUUGGUUCGAAGAGUUUCUCUCACAUUUUGAAUGUUGUGGAGCGUUAUUUAGAAAUGUUGAGAAGCUUGAAUAGUACGCCCGAUGCGAGAGUGCAUACCGUUCAAAUUGUAGCGUCGUUCUGGAAGAAUAAUACACAGUUCUUGGGUAUUUUACUGGAUAAGUUAUUAAACUAUCGUGUGAUUGAUCCUACUUCUGUUAUAACGUGGAUAUUCGAGAAGGAACAAUUACAAUUUACCGGAAGGGCCUUUUUAUGGGAAAUCUUGAAGAACACUUUAAGUAAAGUGAAUUCAAGAGUUGUACAAGUCAAGGCAAAAUUGGAAAAUUUCCAGUCGCUGCAUGAAACGAAUAAGGCUCAAAGAGCAGCUCAAGAUGAACAAACAGAAGCUGCUCAAGCCGAAGAUCAGCAAGAAUUGAAUUCUUUACGUUUAGUGGAGAACUCUUUAGCCAAUGUUACAAGAGAUCAAAAAGAAGUAUUCAUGCUUGUGUAUCAGAAAUUCACUCAGGUCCUUCAAGAACUGAUUAAUAAUGCUACAUCUAAUGGGGAAGAACCUGAGUCUAAUUUCGAAUACAGAUGGGUAUUUGGAUGGUAUAAAGAGAUUUUGAGAGUGUAUCAUAAAGAAUGUGGUGGUUUCAUGGUGACGCUUGAGACAUUAGUUUUUACUCCCGAAUUGGAUAAACGUAUUAACGAGGUUUUUAAUGAAGUUAAAACCUUUAAGCAAGAAAUUGAUUUGCUGGUGUAAAUGACAUUCUCUUUCUGAAGUGAAAAACAAGAGAAAUAAAUACAACAAAAAAAAAAGAAUAUUCAAACUUAAUAAAUUUGGCAAUAAAAAGCCUCGAAACUCAUGCUUAAAUGAGAAAGUAAAUGUCUA